AUGAUCCACUUUAUUUUACUCAUUUCCCGACAAUCAAAAGUUCGUCUCGCCAAAUGGUUCUCUACCUACUCACAAAAUGAACGAGCUCGUAUUGUCAAAGACGUUGCUCAUAUGGUGGUCGGAAGACCAUCCAAGUUGAGUAAUUUUCUGGACUUUAAGGAACAUAAAUUAGUUUUCAAACGAUAUGCAUCAUUAUAUUUUGUAGCUUGUAUUGAUAAGGAAGAUAAUGAAUUGAUGAUGAUGGAAAUGAUUCAUCACUUUGUUGAAAUUUUGGAUAAAUAUUUUGGAAAUGUUUGCGAGUUGGAUUUGAUAUUGAAUUUCCAUAAGGCUUACUUUAUUUUGGAUGAAAUAUUUCUCGGAGGUGAAUUACAGGAAACAAGUCGGAAAACAAUUCUCAAAGUGAUCUCGACUCAAGAUCAAAUGAUGGAACAAGAUUUUGAAAGUCAAUUUACGUUCUAG